AUGUCUGACAACUCUCAAGUGCCCGCUGCUACACCCGAAACAGGCCACAAGGAUGUUUCCCCGGAGGUUCAUGCUGAAUCAGGCGGCUCGGAUAGCGGUGGAGAGGACGCUGUGGACUCGGAAGGAAAAUCGGGUAGUGCUACGCCUCUGACAGAGUCCAGUACGGGAGGCAAAGCAACCAUAGAAAAAGAGCAGCUAGAAUGGAGGCUCUUGUCUAUGCCACAGCGUGAAUCAACAGCUGCCAACCGCAAGGACCUGAUCGCAGAACACAACAAGGCUAAGUUUAGUGUCAAGGAAGCAGCAAGGCUGGAGAAGCAACGACGACUCGCCGAGACUUUGCGGGAGUCUAUGGACGCUGAGGAGCGUGGCGAGGACAUGGAACGCAAAAAAAAUUGGGAUUACAGCAUUGAGGAGAACGACGAAUGGGAGAAACGCCAGGCGAGGAAGGAGAGAAGGGCUGACUUUCAAUUCCAUGACGACGCUCAUGCUGCCCGGAGAAAGUACAAGAAGGAUCUCGACCUAAUCAAGCCAGACCUCGCUGCAUAUCAGGCCCAAAAAGAGGCUGCAAUGAGCCAAGGCUCGGCCUUACAGAAUUUCUCGAGCGGUAGCUCAUCGAACGCCGUAACAGCUUCGGAGCAACUAUACCGUGAUGCCAAUACAUUGUUAUAUGGUGACAAUAAGCCUUCGGAGGAGGCUAUCGACCGUGUAGUUGGUAAACUUAAUCAUGAUCUCGACAAACGGAGCAAAUUCUCUAGGAAACGCAACAACGAGGAGGAAGGCGAUAUUACUUAUAUCAACGAACGCAACAGAGUAUUUAACAAAAAGAUUGCCCGAUUUUACGACAAAUAUACCGCCGAAACCCGUGCAUCGUUCGAACGAGGCACCGCCCUGUAG